AUGUCCAUCAAGCAAGGAGACUCUGAAAUCUUGAGGGACUAUAUGGGACGCUUCAAUGCGGAAGCCGUUACCAUCCCCAGUUUGCAGCAGGAAGUAGCGGUGCUGGCCUUGAUGACAGGUCUUAGAGAAGGAACUGCCUUCAGAAGCUACUUGGGCCGCAAAAAGCUGACUAGCCUAACAGAAGUCUUAGGAAAGGCAAAUGACUUCAUCCGAGGAGAGGAGUUUGAUAAGGCGAUAGCUGCUAAAAGGCCGGCUAUAGAUGGAAAAGAUAAAGAGAAAGAUCACAAGGAAGAUAAAUACCGGAAAGACAAAAAAAACGAAAAGCUCCGGCAGGGGAGAGGAAAGUGA